AACGGGGAACUUUUGGCAACACUGCUGGAAGCGGCGGCCGUUCGCCUUGCUGGGAUGCGCCAGGCGACCUUGGGGGCGGCGGCGCGCUUACCGGCAGGGCCUCCAAGGUGCUGGGCGUCGUCGUCUCCUCCUCUUCCCCAGCGCGAUCGUCGCCCUCCGGGAGCUUCCCCGGCUGCUGCUGCUGCUCACACAUGACGCGCAGGCUGCUUCGCAGGAGCGUCUCCAAGCGCUGCCACUCCCCACCGCCAUGCGCCAUCGCUCCGGGGCGCACCGGCAACCUUCCCCGUCUCUUACUUAGCUGCUUCUUACUUAGCUGCGAUUCAACACCCCCGGCACUGCAGCAGCUGCAAUCCUCCGCCUCUUGGCGUCGGAGCCUGGAUCCCACCAGGAGGUGGGUCUCACUCAGUAGGAGGAAAGCGGCGUCCGCGCAACGGCGAAGCUGCUUGCGCGCAAGUAAGAAGGGGCAGUCUGGCCAAGAAGAAGCCGCGCGCCCCACCGGGAUUCCGCCUCCGGUUUGUUCCGGAGGCGUGGGAGGCAUUCGGGACGCCUCCCCCGCAGUCCCGCUGGCAACUGCGCGCUGCUGCUCCGGAUUCUAGUCCUGGGUUAGAGCGCGAGCAUCGCAAAAGCCAAACCCCCGCGAUUGAUUAAGCAUUCGCGGCCGCGUGGAAGUUCCAGAAGUCGUGAUGCAAUAAAAAUAGGGUCCCCACAUCCCGCUCCAAAAUACAGUACACAUAAAACCUUCUAGAAAUUUUAAUUAUUAUAUUUCUAAUUUUUAAUGAUUAUUGUCAUAUCAACUAUAUUCCUUUGCUUUUCUGUUAGGAUCAUAUAACGUUUAAGAUGAUAAGACCCAGCUAGACAUACGCGUCCUUUUACCUGUUCCUCUAUGGUUUCUUAAUCAGUUGAGAAUGCUUCCUUCCUACUUAACAAACAUCUCAUAAAGUAUGCGCCUCCUAAGGUUUACUUAGAUGCAAGUCCCUUGUAUGUUCAAAUGGCCUUACUCUCUAGUAAUACGUUUAAAACUUCAGCCUCAAUAAAAAAAACAACCAAACACCUUAAAUACUAUUAGUCAAUAAAUUGUGGCAUCAGCUUUCAGUUUGUCAGAUUUGUGUUUACUGGCUGAAAUUCAUUCUCAUUCAUUUAAUUUGCAAGAGCAGAUAUACCAGAAUGUCCCAUUCUGCAAUGUGAAUGUUACUAGCACUGGUUGUAAAAUGGGGUCAGGGGGUCAGCUCAAAUUAAUAGCAUGUCUACCUCUAAUCCCAAAAGCAAACCAACAGACUUUUGAAAGAGGGGCUAUAAAGUGAAACUUCUUAUGGACCCAAGUGAAGGCCAGCCUGGGACUACAACUCCCAUCAGCCUCAGACAGCACAUCUGUGUGCUAGCAUCUGGAGGAACCUAGAUUGGGGAAGGCUAAGCAGAUACCGGUAACACUGGGCAGAUUGUGGUAGGCUAAGUAGACAAAUAGCCUGAGCUGCUUAUAAGGCAACUUCCUGUGUGCUUUUUAAAGAAUUGGAUUACACUGUGGACUAACAUCAUGCAUGUAGUAAAUCUGGAGUAAAAAGUAUGGCUUUGUAGGCACAUUGUGGGACGUGGAAUCCUUUAAAAAAUGUAAUAUAAUCUUUUGGUACAGCAAAUGUCAACAUUUUAAUCAACUCUGUGAUUGAGACUGGUUACAUUUAUUCACGUUUGCUGCAUCUCUGUGUUGAGCUUUUUCUGAUUAGCAGAUGCUAUUCAACCUGCUGCAAGAUCUACUUAAAACUCACUUCUGAAACACUUCAUUAUAUCAAAAUUGCACGUGUGCCACAAGAUAGCAUUCAUCUAAGUUUCUUAUAACUUUGAGUAUCCGUUCAGGUAUACAGAACACCUUAUUUGGCAGUUACUUUCAAGCCACCUCACAUAGUCUGCAUUUCAUGUGCUACAUUCAUGCAUAAGUAAUCCAGUGCAGAAUGAAAAAGCAACAAAGGUCGCCUCUAGAUGAGCUGUUUAUUGAGCAUUCAUCCAAAUUUGCUGGCCCAAGGUUAUGCAAAGGUUAGACUGUUUUACUGUGCAUUUGUUCCCAUUUGUUUGUGUGGAAGUCAUAUGACAGCAGAGUAUUUUUCUGCUUCAGAAACGUGUGAAGAAGCACAAUGGCUUAGAGCAGGGACCGAUCCAUUGUCCUUCAGAGCCUGUGGGGGGCCGGACUAUAUUUUUGGGAGGAAAAUGAAUGAAUUAUUUUGCCCCACAAAUAACCCAGAGAUGCAUUUUAAAUAAAAGGACAUAUUCUACUCAUGUAAAAACAUGCUGAUUCCCGGACCGUCCGCGGGCCGGAUCCGAUUCCCAGGCCUUAGUUUGCCUACCCAUUUUUUAAUUUAGAGGAUCUCAGAAUGCCAGAUUCAAAGCUCAUUAAGGUUAUGGAAGACAAUCAGGGUUGUCCGAAAUUGGUGCGGUCAGAGAAGGUAAAUACACGUACUAAGCACAUAGACCUAAAAUGUUAUACAAUAAGAGAUUUGAGCCAGAAUGGGUUUAUUGAAAUGCAGUAUCGUCCAACAAUGGAAAUGACAGGUGAUAUUUUAGCAAAGCCUUUGUUGAAAUGAAAGUUAUGAGAAGUUAUGUGCUAAACUAAAUUUUAUUAAUUCAAAUUAGGCACAGUGAAGAGAUUGUAACAUUUGUGACAUUUAUUAGGAUGUCUGGCAUCAGGUGGGCAGGGCUUAUGUGUUGUGCUCUGGAAUCGGCCCCUCCUUUCGGGUGUUCGGUUAAGUUCAAAUGGACAGGCCAACUGUCAUUCUUGCCUCAUGAUGCUGUUUUAGUUUCUCUCAGACAGUAUGUUAUGUUACAAUUUUCUUUAUUAUUAAAGCUUUGUUUGACAUAUACAGUACUUGUAUUGAACAAAUUCCUAAAAGAAAAGAAACAUUGCUAAAAGAAACUCUGCUAAAGAAUGGUGGAAUAUCCUAAACUGGGUGGGGGGAUAUUCCCAGACUCGCCAGCAUGCCCCAUCCAGAGUGUCACUGAGGCUAGCUGUGCCCUGCAGGUGGCUUGGGUGCCUUGCAGGCCCUGCGCUGCCUGAAAAAGCAGUGUGAGGCUGGCAUCCGCCUGCCGCCUCCCCCUCAGCUGCCCUCUGGGUGGAGGGUGCCUGGGAGGGAUGCAGCAGCUUGGGCGCAAGCCCCACGCUUCUUUGCAGGCAACAUGGGAGGGACACAGCUCCAGCAGCACACAAUCCUGAGGUCUGUGAACCACGCAGUGUCUCUGAGGAAGGCAUCAGGGUGGCACCUUUCUCCAUCAUAAUGGCUGUGCUAAGUAGCAUCUGUGCCACCUGCCUUUUGGGGGUUUUUUGCCCUCCAUUACCUGAAUGAAAUGAAGGACUGGUGCAGCCAGGGGCUGGAAGGCGGAAACAUGAAAUUCUUUAGAAGGUAAAAAGAACCUACUUGUCUUCCUACCUACCCAGGGGCCUAGAAUGGGGGGGGGGCAUUGCCCUGGGCAUUUUUUUCUUGGGGGGUGGGGUGGUGGUACAUCAAGGCACCCUGCCCCGUUGUGAGUUGGAGGGCGCCUGGGAGGGACAGUGGCUCGGGCGCUGCCCCCCACGCUGCUUUUGCAGCCAGCGCAGGGCCUGCAGGGCACCUGAGCUGCUGCAUCCCUCCCAGGCACCCUUCUGCUGGAGGCCAGCUGAGGGGGAGGUGGCAGGCAGAUGCCAGCCACUAGGGGCCCAGGAGAUCUUCGUCUACUCCAGAAGAUCAGCCAAUGGGAGUUCUGGAGAACCUUGGGCUGGUGAACUCACAAUGGGGGCCAUGCAUGGACAGGGAAAUUCCAGAAUGCCUUCAGUUGGCUUUGGAGUCAACUGCCACCUAGCUGAGUUCAUGGCUGCUCCAAGUGCACUUUGGGACUUAGUACAAUACGCUGCUGAGCUGGCUGAUUCUGAGGGUCCCAUGAGCCGCCAUGACUGUAUCCUGAGAGUGUCACUGAGUUAUUUGAAAGGCGAAUCUACCUGUCUUCCUACCCACCUACCUACCCAUCCACCCCAUUUAUCUUCAUCACUUCCUCCAAAGAGUUAAGACAGCAAAUCUACUUCUCCUCUCCCCCAUCGUAUCCCCACAACAACCCUGUGAGGUAGGUAAGGCUGAGAGACAGUGACUGGCCCCCAAGGUCACAUCCUCUUUUUCAGUGUUAAAAAUGGUGUCCAGGCGGAUUUUUAGAAUUCGGCAAAGCAUCCAGUUGUUUGGUUUGGUUUUGUAUGGCUGCUGUCGGCAACGAACUCUCACAAGACUUGGGCACGCAGGGCAUCGCUGCUGCAGCUUGGGGUAGCGCCAUUUCUUCUUCUUUCUCAGCUGCUUUAUUCUGGGACUAAGAGGGAUCCUAGCAAAUAAUAAUAAUAAUAAUAAUUUAUUAUUUGUACCCCGCCCAUCUGGCUGGGUUUCCCCAGUCACUCUGGGCGGCUUCUAACAAAGAUUAAAAAUACAUUAAAAUGUCACACAUUAAAAACUUCCCUGAACAGGGAAAAGAAGGAGGGGGUCCCGCAAAAGGCAGGUCAGGUCAUCGUGGAGAGUUAGCCAUCUGCUUUCCAGGAUAUAGGCCUCGAAACCCGAAACGCGGGUGAAGGCAGUGGGUUUCUUUAGGGUAUUGUAACCCAGGGCGACGACAAAGCUGGCAAUGCCAUGGGCCUCCCAUCUCCUCCGUCGGCAGCCUUGCAGUUUAUGGGGACGCCAGUCACCUUGCAGCCGGCGCGAAUGUCCCCUCCGGCAAAUAUAAUGUUCUGCCGCCGGCACAGAUCAGAUCAGACACCCGGAGCAGGAGGAGAGCAGAGGCAGCGGGAGCCGGCGGGGUAGCUGCUGCUGCUGUGGUGGCGGCGGCGACAUCUCUUGCCCGCUCGCCCUAGCUUUGUCUCCCUCAGCGUCGGGGCUGGCCUGGGACAGGCCCCGCCGGGCCUCCAUUCCCUCGCCCUGACAGGACGUGGCGAGCGGGGCAGAGGGCGGCCGAAAGGGCGACGAGGGUAAACCCCGCCCGCUAACGACAGGAAAGUGACGGUUGCUGAGCGAAGGGAGGGGCAGCGUUCCGUGCGCGGCUUUGAAUUCAAAGUCAAUUCAAAGCGGCGGGAGGGGCGGGGCUGCUCUUCCCUUGCCCUGACGGUGGCUCCCUUGGGACAUACUGCGCAAUGGCGGAGCGCGCCCCGCCUCCCCCGUGACUCCGCCUCUAGAUUCGUGGUUAACGCGCGCAUUGCAGAAUCCACACGAUGGGCGAUGCAAUUGCGGCCGCGUGGAAGUUCGAGAAGUCGUGGUGUAAUAAAAAUACGGUUCCCACCCCCAAUUGCAAAAUACAAAUAAAAUCCCCUAGAAAUUUUAACGGUUAUGUUUUUACUUUUGAUGAUUAUUGCCCUAUCAACUCUUGCUUUCCUGUGAUGGUCAUUUAAUCUGGAAGAUGGUAAGACACAGGUAGAAAUACCCGUCCUUUACUUGUUCCUAUUCGGUUUCUUAAUCAGUCGAGAAUGCUUCCUUACUACUUAACCACCACCGCAUAAGGUAGGCAAAAAAUAAUAAAUCGAAAUUAUAGAUGGGGCCUUUGGAGGCAUAGAUAAUGGGUGGUUUAAGCUAGUUUAUAUCCAAGAUAGCUUUGGUUUAUGGUUCUUCUAAACAACUCCUCUGAAAGAAAAUGAAAUAUUUAUCACCAUCAUUAAUCUAGCCUUGUCUGUGUCUGUAACAAGAAGUCCUCAAUGGGGUGGUGAGUACAUCUGACUGAACUCAAGCAUCUUCAAGAAACCGAAGGGGGUGGGCGGGAAUAAAGUGCUGCUCAUUUUAUAUAUUUAGGCUGUGAACGUCAUUCCCCCGUUUUGAAAGAGCGUUCAAGUUUGUUUGUUUUUACUUCCAAACUCAAAGCUCAAAAAACAAACAGGACCCUGUCCUGGCGCCAGAGCUGAUGGGUGCAAAUGAGCUGCUGACUUUACAACAAUUCCCCCCACCCACCCCAAAAAAAGGCGGUUAUAGUCCUUUAGACCUACAGUCAGGUCACCUUUCAAACCGAUUUUGUAAAGAAAAAGAGACAAAUGCUCCACUGUGAAUUAAAUCUGAACCAAGAUCUGCAGUAUCGAUGGCUGGGGAUGUGCGUGUCCCAAAACCCGGAAGUGGCCUCAGCGGUUUUAAAACCUAGGAAUCCAGGCAAGUUGCCCCCCUCUAUACUUUUCCUAUCUCUCGUGGCUACAAAGCCUCCGCGGCGCGAUCCUCCCCUCCUCUGGGCUGGAGCAUAUCACGUGACGAGGAAAAGAAAGAAAGAGGCGUGGUCUGCGUAGCAGCUGCCAGUCUGGACCCGGGAGGCGAGCUCCGCGCGUUCCAGAUGGCCGGGGCAGGUUUCGCUGCCGAGCUGCGGCUGCGGCUUGCGGCGCUCAAAGGAAGGCUGCAGCGCUCGAGCCAAAGCGAAGAAGCCUCCGAUGGUAAGAGCGGGGUGGUUAAAACUGCGAAACCCGCUGCGGGGAGAAGCGCUUCCUGUUUGCAUUGAACCUCCCAUUCUCUCCUUUAAGCUUAAUUGGGCGGUCCUUGGUUUUAGGGUAUGUUUUUUCUUAAUUAAAAACCUCCCAUUUCUUGGGUUUUUUCGCCGCCGGGAGCAUUUGUGGGGUAUGUGCCCAGUGCCGGAUUUACGUAUAAGCUAAACAAGCUAUAGCUUAGGGCCCCACUUUCUUGGGGGCCUGCAAAUAAAGGGGGGGAAAUGGAUGUACAUUUCCAAAAUAUAAGAAAAAACACACAAAUAAAAUAAAACCUACAUACAGCAACAAUGUUUUGUGUUGUGUAGGCAGGCUCCUGUGAUGUAAGUAAUGGGCGCCACCUGCUAGCCUGCUCCCUAAAAUAUCACUGGUUUGCUCAUUUCUAUAUAUAGGGUGCCUUACAUUCUGCAUGGACUGGUUCCAUUGUUGUUGUUUAGUCGUUUAGUUGUGUCUGACUCUUCUUGACCCCAUGGACCAGAGCACGCCAGGCCCUUCUGUCUUCCACUGCCUCCCACAGUUCGGUCAAACUCAUGCUGGUAGCUUCGAGAACACUAUCCAACCACCUCGUCCUCUGUCGUCCCCUUCUCCUUGUGCCCUCCAUCUUUCUCAACAUCAGGGUCUUUUCCAGGGAGUCUUCUCUUCUCAUGAGGUGGCCAAAGUAUUGGAGCCUCAGCUUCAGGAUCUGGCCUUCCAGUGAGCACUCAGGGCUGAUUUCCUUCAGAAUGGAUAGGUUUGAUCUACUUGCGGUCCGUGGGACUCUCAAGAGUCUCCUCCAGCACCAUAAUUCAAAAGCAUCCAUUCUUUGGCGAUCAGCCUUUUUUAUGGUCCAGCUCUCACUUCCAUACAUCACUACUGGGAAAACCAUAGGUUUUACUAUUCGGACCUUUGUUGGACUUGUUGCAUGGCAACGUGCAAAUGGCUUUAGAUACCUAUUAGAUCCAUAAAUUACCAUAUAGUAUAUAUUCAACACAAAAAACGGCGCCAAUCUGUUUUUGACAAAGGACAGCUGGACAUAUAAAGGGCCCCGCUACCUUCGGUAGCUUACGGCCUUAUCAAACCUAAAUCCAGCCCUGUAUAUGUCCAUGGAUGUGCAACCAGAAGCAAGGCCUUCUCCCCAGCUUAGAUGUCUAGGUCUGCAUAGGAUUGCAAACCUAAGGACGUAGGAAACUGCCUGAUCCACACCAUGGGUGCAUAUGGUUUGUUGUUGCCAACACUGGCUGGUAGCAACUCUCUGAUGGAUUCAGUCGAAGGCACCUUGCCAGCACUACCUGGAUGAACCUGAGGCCUUGGCAUGCAAAGGAGGUGCUCUGCCGCUGAGAGCAGCUGCCUUCUCCUGGAUUUGUAAAGGGUUUCUCAUUCAUUAUCUAUGUUGUAAGGGUUUUGGGGGGUGGGGUGGGGUUCUGUAUCACACUUGAGCCCCUUCUAAUUUCUUGGGGGUCAUGGAUCCAGAAAGGGUUGAAAAAUCUAAUGGAUUGUUGUACUAGUCAGGCAAGUUUUUUGUGGCACCUUUGUAGCUCAGUAUGAGACUGUUGCUUCGAACCCCACAUUGGGGUCUCUGGGUUGCAUGGAAACUUUUGCACCCCUGUGGUGCAGGAUUGGGUAGUGCAGAAGCUUUUGCAUGAGGCGCUAAUGUUUUACAGGUUCUGAAUACUGUAAUAUCUCAAUGAUGUUUGUGGGGGAAAUACUGUCUUAUAUGGAUUGUGUUUUUGAUGAGGUCUUUGUCUCUUUUCAUCAACAGAUCCCUUCUUAAUGCAAGCUUCUGCUACACUGGAAAACUUGACGGACCUUUGUAACCAGCCUGGAGAAAAUGGCACACUUUCCAAACUCCUGCAACUUUAUACACAGGUACUGUGCAGUGAUGAAUUUUCAGCUUUUUAGGCUGCAAUUUUAAGCACGCUUGGACAAUAGGAUUCAUAAUACAGUGGUACCUCGCAAGACGAAUGCCUCGCAAGAUGGAAAACUCGCAAGACGAAAGGGUUUUCCGUUUUUGAGUUGCUUCGCAAGACGCUUUUCUCUAUGGGCUUGCUUCGCAAGACGGAAACGUCUUGCAAGUUUGUUUCCUUUUUCUUAAAACCGUUAAUACAGUUGCGACUUGACUUCGAGGAGCAACUCAUAGCACGCAGUGUGCGUCUCCGUGGGGGCAAGAACGCGUGAAGGCGGGUUCUGAGGGAGAGGGAGCUUUGUUUCGGCGAAAAAUAGCAAGGCGCGCACACUUCCCUCCCCACAACUCCCAGUUAGGGAGGCCAGGCUCCGGGGCUCUUCGGACGGGGCUCCUUCCUUCUCCCCCCCCCCCAGCGCCCCGGCGGCGACAAGAGCGCCUGCCCGGGCCCUCCGGCGCUCGCCCUGCGAGGGGCGCCCCCUACCUGCAUCUCCGCGCUUUCCAACCCCGCGACGUCGACGGCUGCGGCAAGUUUGCCUCUCGGUGUGUGUGCGCGCGAGUGUGUGUUCUCCUCGCCCCGCUCGACUUAGUCCCGAUGCAGCGCAGGCAGCAGGUGAGUCGCCCUUUGGCAGCGCGGAAGGCGCCGGGCCAGGCAAGGUCAGCUCGGGAGCCACCGGGGACGCGCCCCCGUGCUCCUCUCCAACGGGCUGGAUGCACCCCUCUCCGCUCGCACGCUUCUGGCUGGCUGGCCAGCUGCAGCAGCAACAGGGGCAAUAGGCAUCCACCGUCGCCGACGCUCCCUCCCUCCCUCCUGCCCGCGGCGGGCGGCUGGCUGGCUGGCGCUCUCGCUUUCUUUUGGGCUGCUGCUGCAGAAGGGAUUUUGCACCAGACAACUUUUAGGCCGGUAGGAGUUUUGACUACCGCGGCGACAGCAGCAGCAGCAGCAAGACGGCACCGACUGUAGUGCAAAGGGUCGGAGCAAGGCGAGCCGAACCGAUCCCGGGGGCUCAGGCAGCAACCUCCGCCCCGCCUCCCCCCAAGCCCUGCGCCCGCCUCUCCCUCCCUCCCAAGCACCCCCCUUCUUUGAGGUUUUUGAAGACUUUGGUUAUUUUUGAAGCUUUCCCAAAACUUUCCCGACACCGUGCUUCGCAAGACGAAAAAAAUCGCAAGACGAAAAAACUCGCGGAACGAAUUAAUUUCGUCUUGCGAGGCACCACUGUAUGUGAACUGUAAUAUGGUUCGUACUGGCGAAUAAGAGAAUUUCCCAGUGAAAGUCAAUAUGAAAUAAAUGCUUUGUUUGUGGUUAAACUGGAAUGGGGUUAAGAUUAAUAGCACUGUGAAUACAUCUUAGAGUUGUAUGUUUAAAGGAACAGACAGGGCAGUCCAUGAACUAGUUUAUGGGUGUGGUAUAAAUAUUAUUUUUAUUGAUUUAUUUACCCUAUUUUGUAUGUAUAAACUGAGGUGCUGUUGUCAAAUUUCAGUGACACAAAUAAAAAACUAGCUUAAUGGUGAUUAAGAUAAGCUUACGUUUGUGAUUCCAUUGACUUACUAAAUUGGCUUAAAUGCAGUUUUCUGCCUUGAUCUUUCUGUGGCUUAAAAUGUAGAGUAGUUAUGUAUUCUAGUUUCUGUUUCAUUUUUUAAUUUUAUUUUAAAGAAAUUAGGAGGGCUUGAUACGGUCACUGCUUUUUUCCGGGGGGGGGGGGACGCAUACCCCUAAACAGUUUGUGAAUCUUUGUACUUUUGUCUAUUUACUGUAUUUAUUUUUCCCGAUUUGAACUAUAAAACGGUGAUUUUCUUGAGCUAAAAGAGAGUUUUAGUACCCCUAGAAAAAAUUUUAAAGAAAAAAAAAAGCACUGGAUACGGCUAUAUAGCCAUAACAUGAUAGCUUCUGACCUUCACUGUUCUUAGAUUUGCUCAGACUGCUUGCCCCAGAUAUAAGUGAGAUGACUUAAGACAGUGGUUGAUAAACACAGCAAUACUUGCUAGCACAAAUUCUUGCCAGUGUAGAGCAGGCACAUAGGAAACUGCCUUAUCAGGCUUUUAUUGAUAAAAGUCAAGCUUUGCCCACUCCGAUUGGCAGCAAGAUUACAAGGUCUUUCUUACCACCUGGAACCUAAUCCCUUUUUAACUGGAAAUGUCUGAAGCUGGAACCUUCUGCUUGUAAAACAUGUCUUAUACCACUGAAGUCGACCCCUUCCAGAACAGCCUUAAAACUGAGGUGCUGAGCUGAUUCAUUGCAUCAGUAUAUUUGUCAAGGCAGAGACUAGCAGACCUAUUAUGCUAAUAUCCACCACAGGAUGCUUAAUUUUCAAAUUCUGAGGUUACAGAGAAGGUAUUGGUGACCUGGAAGUGUUGAAGGUAAAUGUGGUCUUGCAAUGAUCAGUGAUGCGUGUCCACCCCCCCCCCCAUUUGUAUAUUCUAACAUGCUAUCCUGAUCUUCGGAAAGGGAUUCCAGGAUACAGCAGUGAAAAUACUUGUACAGGUUAAAUCCAGCCCAACGCUGGUAUUAGCAAAUCCAUCCUUUGCACUGUGGUUUGUAAACUUAUGGUUUAGAAAUCCUUACAGCCUGGUCAGGGGAGAGCGGGAAAUGUAGAAGGAACUUGCUUUCAAUCCCCUUCUUAGAAAGUUGCCUUAACAUAGUACUUUGUUUAGUCAUUUAGUCGUGUCCGACUCUUCGUGACCUACUAGUAACAUAGCACUACUCAGAGCUUACUUGGACAAGGUGGACUGUCAACUAGGGAGGACGAAACAGGUUGCAGAUUGUGGUGCUGAUAUUUUUCCACCUUUUUAAAGGCCGUCCUGGAUAUCACAUAUUUUGAGGAGAACCAGCUUGUCGAUGAAGACUUUCCAGAGGAGUCCUCUUUGCAGAAAGUUGAGGAACUAAUCAACACACUUUCAGAGCCAGAGAUCUUGAUCAAUGAAAGCGGUACAUCUCAAGAAGUGAGUGUUAACUAAGUGUUAAGUCUCAUUCGCCUGUAUUUCUUUAAAUUUCAUGUAACACACAAAAACAACCUCUAAGCCCUGUUGCCUUCAGUGUCUCUGCUCAUUUUCUUUGUUUUGAAUUUUUCAGCCCAUAGCAUUCAGUGGUAUUAUCAGCGAUAAGUACUGACUUGCCACCCGAUGGUUAUAUUGAACUUUUAUUUAGGGAAAUUCACUGUUGUCAAGCCUCAAGUCAUAAUUUUUGUGUUGGUGGUGGGUUCCCUAAGAUUUGAGAGGAUAAUGCAAUACAGUGGCUUGCAUCUAAAUAAAGGCAACAUAACCUAAUUUAAAGUUUUUAGGUGCUAUUUAGCUAAGUUUUAUUCUGAGUAAUUUCCUGCUGAAAUUAAUGAGACUCACCUGGUUAUGUUCAUGAAUUUCAGUGGCUCUACUCUGAGUAAAACAUAGUUAAAUACCACCCAUUGAGUUGCCUUAAGAUUGAAUUUUAAUAAAAGGAAAUGAAAUUAAUUAUUUAAAAUAAUCACCUGUUGCUUAUACAGUGGUGCCCCGCAAGACGAAUGCCUCGCAAGACGGAAAACCCGCUAGACGAAAGGGUUUUCCGUUUUUGAGUUGCUUCACAGGACGAAUUUCCCUACGGGCUUGCUUCGCAAGACGAAAAUGUCUUGCGAGUCUAGAGAUUUUUUCCCCCGCUUUCCCCCCCCUUUAUCUAAUCUGCUAAGCCUUUAAUAGCCUUUAAUAGCCUUUUAGCAGCUAAUCCGCUAAGCCUUUAAGCCUUUAAUAGCCGCUAAACCGCUAAUAGCGCUAAUCCGUUAAGCCGCUAAUAGGGUUGCUUCGCAAGACGAAAAAACCGCUAGACGAAGACUCUCGCGGAACGGAUUAAUUUCGUCUUGCGAGGCACCACUGUAAUUUUACCUCAGUGCAUUUCUACUCAUUAGCUAGAUUACUGGAAUGCAGUGUGACACAAAUCUUACGCAUAUUUCAUGCAAAAGUAAGUUUCACUGUAGUUAGUAAGAUUUGCUCAAGGAUACAUUGGAUUGCACCCAUUCUGAUAGGACCCUGCCUGCCUGUUUUGUUUUAUUUCACCACAAUAAAAGGCGAAUGACCUUUUCUCUCUUUAAAUGAAAACUAAAUUCAGGAGCUGGGUAUCAAAUAUCCGUGGAGACAGAUGUCACUUCGCACUGAUAUGCCCUUGAGUUCUGGCAUAACCUCCCAUCUGCUGAAUAGGGUGGCAGCAGGAGUUGAAGGGAUGGGGAACUGGUAUUCCUCCAGAUGUGGUUUGAUUAUAAUUCCCUUCAGCCCUAGCUGGUGUGGCCAAUGGGUAGAGAUAAUGGGAGCUGUAGUUCUGCUGCAUCUGGACAGGCACAGAUUUCUCAUCCUUGACCUAGGGAAACUGAUGCAGGAAGGCCGAUGCAAAAGUAAUACCUGAAUAUUAGUGGAAAGGGUGUAAUCUCAAGCAACUGCUUCUCUUUAAAUGUUAUUUAUGAAACUAUUAUUUGUGGUUAAGUCAGGGAAUGACUGUUAUACUUUGCAAAAAGAACAAUUUUUUAAAAAAAAUAGUUUGGUGUGUUACCUGUUUCCAAUAGCAUCAGUGAAAUGUGCACAGCUCCUUUUAAGGCAGUACAGUGGUACCUCUGGUUAGGAACUUAAUUUGUUCCGGAGGUCUGUUUGUAACCUGAAACCGUUCUUAACCUUAGGCACUUUAGCUAAUGGAGUCUCCCACUGCCGCCGUGCGAUUUCUGUUCUUAUCUUGAGGUAAAGUUCUUAACCCAAGGUACUACUUCCGGGUUAGCAGAGUCUGUAACCCAAAGUGUUUGUAACCCGAGGUGUUUGUAACCCAAGUUAACACUAUAAUUGAAUAUAAUGGAGAUAAUACAAUGAGGGAAGCCCAGAGGGGAAAUAAAUUGAGACAGGCUUUGCGUGUGGAAGUUUUAGUUGUGCACCCAGUCAGCUCUGUUCAAUAUAUGUAGUUCUACAAACAGUUGGGUUUCCUGUGUCUUGUGAAUCUGAAUCCCUCAGAGUGUGGCUACAGCGUACAAAUCUGAUUUGUUUCAUGCCGUUGGGAGACAUUCACAUUAAAAGAUAUGAAACACUAUUUUUAAAAAAACCUCAAAACUCAUUCCACCAACUCAUUUCCAAAUAUGCUAUGUUUGCCCUUUUUAUUCAAGGUUUAGGCAUCUUAAUCAGUGUGGAUAUCUGAUUUAUUUAUUCAUUUCCAGCCACUCGCAGUGCUUGGUGUAGAACUGCUGGAAUGUCUUUACUGGAGGAGAGGAGCCUUACUCUACAUGUUUUGCCACACGGUGAAAGGAAGGAAGGAGAGGUUGAUGAGUAAGACCGAUUUGUUCAAAAAGGUAAAUCUCUUUCUGCUUAAAAAGUUGUUGUUGGCACCCAUCUGUUUUGAGACAAUGGCGGAGAAAUCAAGGUUUUGCCUUCAGUCCUGCCCAGCAGAGCAGCAGGACUGCAGAUACAGCCGUGGCUACAACACUCCAUCAUGCUUUGUUGCUGCCCAGCAAGGGUUAGGAUUGCUCUGUUAGCUGACGUCAUGCAAACUUGGUAAAUAAAGCCCAGCAUGUUUAGGAUUGCAUAGAUCCUGCCAAUCUUCGUCCAGAUUUAAUUUACAAUUUAAUGUUUGUCUCUUUUCCUUAGUAUACGAGAGAGGUUUGAAAGGUUACCUGACUGUAGGUAAAGGACUGUACCACAGUGGUAGACCCCGUAUUUUGCAUUCAGAAGGUCCAGGUUCAAUCUUUGCCAUUGACAGGAGUCUUGCCCAGCCCUGAGACACCAGACAGCUACUGCCAAUCAGUGUAGAUAAUACUGAGCUGUAAAGUCCAAUCGCCUGGCUCAGUAUUAAAGCAACAGCUUGUGUUUGCCUUCUUUAGGAGUUGUGUAAAUUAAGCGGUUCUUUUGCACCCGACUGCUCUCAUGCCAUGACUGAGUCCUGUUUGUCAUAUUUACCAUACUUUUCUCUCUAUAACACGCAUAUUUUUUCUCCUUAAAAGUAAGGGGAAAUGUCUCUGCGUGUUAUUGAGCGAAUGUGUGGUCCCUGGAGCCGACUGGCCGGAGCGCAGGGGCAAAAAUCCAGCAAAAAUCCAAUCGCGCGCGUCAGGGAGGAGGGAGCUCCGUGAGAGAGGAAGCUGUUGCUUUCCUGCAUUCUGCCUCAGGGUCUUACUGCCCACCCUGUUCUGUUUCGGUUCCUGUUUGCUCAAACGGAACAAAGAGCAGGCAAAUCCCCUCCCCUCCAGGCAAGCAGAGGGGAAAGGAAAGAAUCGCGUCCUUCCUUCUAAUUCCUCUCCGUGCUCCGGUGCUGCUGCGUCCAGGGAAGCAUUUUAGGGACUCGCAGGCAGCCGGAAAACAUGCAGGUGGGGGAGAGAGAGAGAGAGAGGGCUGGCUUGGGUGGGUGUGUGGGGGGAAACUUUUGCCUUCCUUUCCUCCCUCCCGUUAAACCCAUCUCCUGCAUUCUUAGCCAGCUGCUUCUCUGCACACCCCUCUUGUGCUCCUUGUCCCUUCUGUGUUUUUCCUUCCCUCCCCACUUAAAAUGUGGUUACAAAGCACAGAUCCACAUGGAUCCUCAGGAUCUUUGCAUUGGGUCACCCCAAAUUCACCAUCAGAUCACAUAGCAUGUCCAUGGCUACAGCCUGCACCAAAAAAAUCACGCACCCACUGUUGCCUGGGGCCACAAUGGUGCAAAAAUGUGGUUACAAAGCACAGAUCCACAGGGAUUCUCAGAAUUUUUGCAUUGGGCUACCCCAAACUCACCAUCAGAUCACAUGUCUGUGGCCACAGCAUGAGGCACAAAAAUGAUACAUCCACUGUUUCAUUCAGAAUUUUUUCCCCUUGUUUUCCUCCUCUAAAAACGAUGUGCGUGUUAUGGUCAGGUGCGUGUUAUAGAGCGAAAAAUACGGUAGUACUGUUUUUUCAGCUUUGUGACUAGAAGAGGGGGAACAUUCUUUCAGAAGGAGGAAAUGAAGUUUAAGACUAAAUACAUAAAAUGCAGUGCUUAUAUUUUCUCCUUCAGUUUCUUAAUGAAGGAAUCCAGUACUUGGUGAAGAUGCUUGAGUUCAGAUGUUCUGAUCACCCCAUUGAAGACUUCGUGUUUCAAGACACAGACACGGCUAGAUUAAUACAUGAAGGUAAAUAUUCCAUAUGGUGCUUUUUUGGUCUACUUUUCUUGUAGAGGAGUUGUUUAAAAGAACCACAAAUCAAAGAUAAUCUUGGAUAUAAGCUAUUUUAAGCCACCCACUAUCUUUCCCUCCAGAGGCCCCAUCUAUAAUUUUGAUUAUUUUUUGCCUACCUUAGGAGGUGGUUGGUUAAGUAGGAAGAAAGCAUUCUCAACUGAUUGAGAAACCAAACAGGAACAAGUAAAGGACAUACAUUACUAGCUGCCUUAUCUUCUACAUUAAAUGAUCCUAACAGCAAAGUAAAAGAACACAGUUGAUGCGACAAUAAUCUUAUUGUUGUUUUUAUUAUCACAGUCUAAAAAAGUAUCACCCUUGAGUAAAUUGUGAGAUUUUUGUCAAUGGACCUCUUACACCCACACUUGAGCCCAGGUCAGGCACAAUGCUAAACUAUGGUUUACUGUUCCAUGCAUGGGCCACUGGCUUGCACACUCCCCUUUCCACAAGAACUACAUUGGUAUCCCAAUUGGAAUAAACCACCUGUGACCAGUAUCUUGGGAACUUUAUGCUGCACACUACAGAACUUGUAGGGACGCAGGUGGCGCUGUGGGUUAAACCACAGAGCCUAGGGCUUGCCGAUCAGAAGGUUGGCUGUUUGAAUCCCCGCAAUGGGGUGAGGUCCCAUUGCUCGGUCCCAGCUCCUGCCAACCUAGCAGUUCGAAAGCACGUCAAAGUGCAAGUAGAUAAAUAGGUACCGCUCCAGCGGGAAGGUAAACGGCGUUUCCAUGCGCUGCUCUGGUUCGCCAGAAGCGGCUUAGUCAUGCUGGCCACAUGACCCGGAAGCUGUACGCCGGCUCCCUCGGCCAAUAAAGCGAGAUGAGCACGCAACCCCAGAGUCGUCCGUGACUGGACCUAAUGGUCAGGGGUCCCUUUACCUUACAGAAUUUGUGAAGAGGAACAGGUACAAUUUUAGGGAUUUCUCUUGUAUGUUUGUCGCUCACAAAUUGCAACCUUGUCAUUUGCAAAAUGUAGCUAUUAGAUAGAAGUUGUGCCUAUUCAGAAACCCUGCUCGCCUUCAGCUGCUUCUCUCCCCUACCUUUGGCAGGCAUAUUUAGCGACACCCACCUGCUGGCUAUGAUGUACUGCGGAGAAAUGUGCCACUGGGGACUGAAGUACUGCAGAGAAGUUAAGGAACGAAGUCGAAGCGUAGAGGCAGGAUCGAGCAGGGAGCAACCCGGAAGCUCACAGAGCGAAGUUCUGGACCAUCGAGAGACGGGAGAGAAAGUGCUCCUGAAAUACAUAACUGUGUGCGAAGGACCAUUGAGACUGCAUGACUGGGAUACCAAAAAUGCAAAGCUCAUACUGGACUAUUUUAAGCAGUUUUCUGCCUAAUUGACUUAAGGCCACUGAGAAAUGGGGGGGACACAUUAUUUUUCCUUUUAGAGGCUACAUUCCCUUGCAAAUAAUCCAUUGGGGACCACAUGACACGGGUGAUUAGAGCACUGCUUUUUUUUUAUCUCCCCACAAAUUACUUUUCCCCCUUCCUCCAAAUCUUCACUUAACCACGGUUGGCCUUGGAAGUUCUGAAGCGACAGGAAUGUUUAUUGGGUUAGGUGCCAAGGAUGCUUCCCCUACCUAUUCCCAGUGUCUUGUCUGACUCAUUCUCCUUGCAGCAGCUUCCACUUUUGCUGGAGAGAAUUGAGUCAAGAAAACACGAGGGAGCUUGGAGGACUGACCACAAAGAAUGGCAACUAGAGCUUCCCAACUCUCCUUCUCCCAGCAGCCACCGCUUUUGCUGAGCGGAAUGAGGGAGGGACUGGGAAGCAGGGGGCUGGCUUGCAGCAGAGCAGAUGGGGGGAGUUGCAGAGGAGGGUGUUGGGGCCUAGGUGGAGGCACCCGAUGCCAGGUAGAAAGGUGCUGUGGGCUGGGGUUGGCAGAGACGCUAGCAGUUCCUUGUCCCUGAUUUAAGCAGAUGGUGUGCCUUCCCAGAAAACUGGGGCAACCUUGUAUAGCUCCUUGCGAACCUGAAGGUCUAAUUUGUGCCUUUCAACAAAUACACAACAUUUCAGAGCAUAUCUUGACUUAAUUUCUGUACAGUUUGCGAAACUGCCUUACAGGUUACUUUACAGUAAUCCUUCAGAAGCUACUCCAGUUGCCGACACAGAAUAGGUCUCCAGGUUAGAGUUUCAGGUAAACCUAAGUUGUUGGCAUCCAUCUAGAGACAAUGGAGUGUGCUGGGGCGGGGAGUGAAGUCAAACUGCUGUGUUAGCAGCACCAAAGAAAGAUGUUCUGGUUAAAAUCCAUAUAACUUAGCUUUGCUUGGUACAUAAAACACAUGCGAAAUUGCGUAGAAAUAACUAAAAAUGAUUACCAAGUAGCUGCAGUUACAUUAUAUAUUAUGAUUGCUGUUGUUAUUAAUAAUAAUUAUUUUACCCAUUGAAGAUACCUAAAACUUUGGAGGAAACCCAGUUUGGCACCAGCCCGAUGCACAGAGAUAAGCAGCACGCAAGGAUGCAAAAUAAAAAUUAGAUGUCAUUUCCAUGUUUGCAGGAGAUCUUGGGUUGCUACCACGUCUGGAGUUACUUUGAUGUUGCUGAAUUUCUGCUCCCCAGCAGAGAAGCGAUGUCUCAGUAAAGUGCUCUGUUUCUGGGUGUCUGCCUUUUCUACAAUAUUUCAUUCUCCCAGCCACUCAGCACCAUGCGGCCACCGAAUGCGCUCAGUCCUUGCUGGGCUGCUCUGGCAAUGUUUUGUGCUUUGACAACCCUUUUUGCAUUUUGCUGCCUGUUCAUACUUCCCUCUUCUAUGUGGAUUAGGUGGAAGAGAACAGAAUAACCUUCCCAUUUAAUGCUUAUUCAUUAGCAUGGUUUAAUUCCCACCUUGGAACUGUUGCAUGCUGCAGGGCAGGGCUAACAAUAAAUAUAUGCUUGCAUCCUACAUCAGGUUUUUAAAGGGCCUAAUUGGCAUGGGAGGGACUAUUUGGGAUGACAGCAGGGCGGACAGCUCCUCCUUGAAAAUCACUGUCCUCCACUUGCAACAUUUAGGCUUUUUUAAAAAGUUGGUGUGCAAUGGAAGCUUCUUUUUAUUUAUUUUUUAAGUUUGUAUAAAUAAAAAUGUAUCAUUGCAAAAGAAAACCCAACUAAUAACAUUUCAAUAAAUUGAAAACAACGUAAGGUUGUACAUUGUCAUUGCACU